AUGGAGGCCCUCAAAGCAGCAGAUGUGACCCACAGGAAUGGAGAAACGACUCACUACUACGAAGGCGGCACCGCAGAUGGUAUCCCACUGAUCUUCAUCCACGGCUGGCCUGACAUCGCAGAGACAUGGAAGCAUCAACUCAAGCACUUCUCGUCCGGAUCAGCUGGCUCCGAGUAUCGCGUUGUUGCUCCGGACCUGCGCGGAUACGGAGACUCCUCGGGCCCAAAGGACAAGCGUGCCUACUCCCUCCAAGUCCUGGUCAACGAGCUUGUCGAGUUUGCCGAGAAACUGGACAUCAAGAAAGCGGUGUGGAUUGGUCACGACUGGGGCUGUGGCGUCGUCAGUGCGCUCGCAGCUCACCACCCUGAGCUGUUCCUAGGACUGGUUGUCACCGCGGUGCCCUACCGAACGCUCGAGCUGGGACUCGACUACCUGAUCACACUAGUGAACCGGGACAUCUAUCCCGAAGAGGAAUACAAGUACGGCCAAUUCGAGUACAUGAAGUACUAUGAGCUCCACCCCGACGACAGCGUCAAGGCCUUUGAAGGAAUCGCCGAAAAGAUCACCAAAGCGCUAUACAUGCGCCACGAUCCAAGCAAGCAUGGCAAACCCAGUGCGGCGAUGAGCAGACAGAUCAAGGAUGGAGGCUGGUUUGGCGGCCAUCCCGAGAAAAUCCCGGACGUUCCGCUCGAGUACACUUCCCUCGACCAAUCGCUCUACGACAGUCUCCUCGCAAGCCACAAAAAGCACGGCUUCUUCCCGCCAACCGCGUACUAUCUGAACCACGAAGCCAACGCAGAGUACGCUAAGAGCGAGAAGAACGGUGGCACGCUGGAGUUCCCAGUGCUGUAUAUCGACGCGAAGCAUGAUGCUGUUUGCUCGCCAAGCGCAACGCCGAAGAUGGGUCAGAGUCAGAGAGAGGCGGUGAAGGAUUUGACAUACGAGACGAUUGAGAGCGGGCAUUGGGUGCAGCUGGAGAAGCCAGGGGAGGUGAACAAGGUGUUGGAGACGUGGUUGGACAACUCGAUACAAUUUCGAUGCUAG